AUGGCUGACUCUGCGCGCAAGAAGCAACGCCUGUCGCCUGAGCACGACCUCAUCAAUACACCCAGCAACGAUGCGCGAACGCCCAUAACACCUUUCCGCCGUGCCAUCAGUGCAGGCCCCACUCCAGGAAGCCGGAAGACGCCAACAUUUCGAACGCCAGGGACUGGGAAAACUCCACGCGGUGGCCCAGCAACUCGACCCUUACCAUUCAGGAGAGCGGCGCCCACGACACCCCAUGCGAUCAAGGCACUGAGAGAGCGUGCCAAUGCUGCUAGGACACCCGGCAACAACCGUCGAAGAAGUGGGAGGAUGCAGAGGGAGACUCCGCGUGAUCUCUUGCGAGGGUUGAGUAGAGCGCUUGCCCGCGAUAGUCGACCAGUUCAGCCCUCGCCUCAAGUUCAAGCCAAGCCAACCCGGCAUUCAGCGCUCGAUCUUCCAGAUGUAGAAGAUGGCCCAGAUCCUGCAGCGCCUCGACUGUCCAUGGCCCUGGGUGACAUGUAUGACGACGACGACGAAAGUUACCACAGUGCCCCUCCACGCCAAUCGCUUCUCCCUGACCUGCCAGACGAUGUUGACGGAGGGACUGUACAAUCUCUCGAAUUUGGACGCCGAGCAGUCAGUGAAGAUCCACGCCACAUGUUUGGAGGUAGAUAUAGUGCGCACUUUGGGGAUUUGAGCGAGCUGGGCGCCGUUGACGAAGAAUUCGAAAUCGACGGCACGUUCAUAAACCAACGGCGAAAUACAAUACUGGACCAGCCUAUUGAUGAGGCCCUGGAGGAAGACGAUACCACGACUCAGUUACGGGCUUUGACUGGUCGAAGGGAUGGUCGUCCAAGUGACGUGGAUCUAGGGAUUUUUGGACGAGACGAUGAUGAUACCGAAGAGCCGACUUUCCGAUUCAACAUACCGGAACGCAUACGUGCACCGGCGAGAACACGGGAGCAGGAGGAGCAGGAGCAGGAGGAAGUUGGGCAAGACGCAGAUAGUGAACCUCCAGGUCCACAAGACGAGAGUAUGCAAUACCUAGAGGAUGACGAGCAGAAUGAAGCUACCAUGGCACUGAAUGGCGACGAUCCUACCGAACCAGGCGGAAUGUUGGGUUGGGAGUCAGAGGAUGCAGCAGAGGAUGACGCAGCUCUUGCUGCAUAUCGAGAAGAGGCGUCUGCGGUAGACCGAAGCUUGGAAACGCAGUCACCCGAGCGUCCUGUUGCCGCGAAGCAAGGUGUGAGAGCACCGAAAGAAAUGCGCAUCUCGAAGCGCGGACUGGACUAUCCAUCAUUUCCGACUGCAAAUGUCAAGAAGCUUGCCGCGAGCUUCAUGAAGUCUCAAGGGAGUAAGGCCCGAUUGGCUCCUGAUGCAAUAGCUGAGCUGGUGAAGAACACGGACGAUUUCUUCGAGCAGAUUAGUAUCGAUCUUUCUGCGUACGCACAGCAUGGUGGGCGCAAGAUUAUCGAAGAGAGCGAUGUCAUUGCGCUCAUGAAACGGUAUUUUACACCCUUUAUUGUACAGACGUGUACAAGUAUCUGCAUUCCGGCUCACUGA